CACAAAUAAACUGAAUGUCGGCGACGCGGGUGUUCCGGUACGGAAACCUUUCGCGCUUGCAUUUUGGAUUGCUCACAGUACAUCGACAGAUGUUGCUCUUUGCCUUACAUAUUCGUAGGAAAGCUUCUUUAAUUUGUCAGGAAUAGUUUGGUGGCACUUUUUUGAAUUUGGGAUCGCCUGGGGUCUACGACGGAAUCGUAGAGGCUACUGAUUGUGAUUGCGCACAGCAAGCUAGCUUGCUCCUGCAUCUCUAAAACGAAUCACGCCGCUCGUUAGGUUUUUGGUUUGUUUUCAGAGAAAGCAUUUUUCGUAUGAAUUCGUGAUGAUAAAGAUCACGAUACAAACCGGGGGACUGAUACUUUUGUUGUGGCUCCUUGACGGACACUUUAUUUUGGGUUGGUUCAACAACAACAACAUAAAAUCCAAGACGCAGCAAAGCUCCGCGGCCAACAGCCAAGACCAAAACUGUUUUUGUCACCUGACCGGCGUCUUGGACGACUGCUUCUGCGACGUCGAGAGCAUCGAUGUCUUCAACAACUUCAAGAUCUAUCCGAGCAUUCAGAAGCUGGUGGGGAGAGACUACUUCAGAUACUACAGGGUGAACCUGAAGAGGCCCUGUCCCUUCUGGCCGGACGAUGGCCACUGCUCCAUCAAAGACUGCCAGGUGGAGCCCUGCCCAGAGAGUAAAAUCCCCGUGGGAAUCAAAGCUGGCAACUAUAAUAAAUACUCCCAGGGAGUGAACGUGGUGUCGGAGAUCGAGGAGUGUGAGCAGGCGCACGAGCUGGGAGCCAUCAACAGCACUCUGAGUAACCAGAGCAAACGGGCCUUCGCUGACUGGGCCAGGCACGAUGAUGCCCAGGACUACUUCUGUGAGCUGGACGAUGAGACGUCUCCGGACUCUGAGUACGUGGACCUGCAGCUGAACCCCGAGCGCUACACCGGGUACAAGGGCCCGUCCGCCUGGAGGGUGUGGAACAGCAUCUACGAGGAGAACUGCUUCAAGCCCAGGUCAGUGUAUCGUCCCCUGAACCCCCUGGCACCCAGCAGAGGAGACGACGAUGGUGAAAGCUUUUACAACUGGCUGGAAGGGCUCUGUCUGGAGAAGAGGGUGUUCUACCGGCUGAUCUCAGGCCUCCACAGCAGCAUCAACAUCCACCUGUGUGCUGCCUACCUGCUGGAUGAGGUGUGGGGCCGGGAGGUGUGGGGUCCGAACGUGGGGGAGUUCCGCGCGCGCUUCGACUCGGCGGAGACCAAGGGCGAGGGCACGCGGCGGCUGAAGAACCUGUACUUCCUGUACCUGAUCGAGCUCCGCGCGCUGUCCAAGGUGGCGCCCUACUUCGAGCGCACCUUCGUCAACCUCUACACGGGCAGCGCGCAGGAAGACGCCGGCACCAAGGAACUGCUGCUGCGCAUCUUCAACGAGGCCAAGGCCUUCCCAAUGCACUUUGAUGAGAAGUCCAUGUUCGCCGGACACAAGAUAGAGGCCAUGACAUUAAAGGAGGAGUUCAGGCUGCACUUUAAGAACAUCUCUCGCAUCAUGGACUGUGUGGGCUGCAGCAAGUGCCGACUCUGGGGGAAGCUACAGACCCAAGGCCUGGGCACCGCUCUGAAGAUCCUGUUCUCCGAGAAGGAGAUCAAGAACCUCCAGGAGAACAGCCCGUCCAAAGGUUUCCAGCUGACGCGACAGGAGAUCGUGGCGCUGCUCAACGGCUUCGGGAGACUCUCCACCAGCAUCAAGGAGCUGCAUAACUUCAGGACUCUUCUGAACGGGGGAAGGUAACGAACGCCUUCGGCCACUAGGUGGCAGUAGAGGCCCGCCGGCGGACACUGCAAUAGUCUUAUCCUGCCUGAGAAAGUGGCCGCCGCAUCAGGGACUACAGGAUCGAUGCCCAGAAGAAGGAAACGACAAACCACGACGUGACAAAAUGAAGUUAAACUGACGCGGACGACCUCUCUCCUCCUCGACCUCCCUCCCUGUCCCGACCGCCCGACAGCUCCACCAAUCAGACGGCCCGAGACCCGCGACGUAGAUCCACAUGAGGACUCUUCCUUAAAUCCUGGGGUGCGAGCAGCCGUGUACGUUACAGCUGUUUGGCCCCUCAACCGCCCAUCCCCAUCACCUGUGCCCCCCCCCUCCCCACUCUGGAGGGGUGCAGUACAGAGCAGAAGAGGUAUAGCUUUGUUUUGGCACUCUGCAUCUCCCAUCUUUAGGAGACUGGUUGUGAUCUAAUGCUUAGUUGUUUUCCCAAACCGGCUCUAUGUCUGCGUGUCUGUCUCUGUGUGAUUCGAAUGGGUCUGAGUCUGAGAGAGUGAAAAUGGCAGAUGAAUCUACGGCAGGACUGCGUGUUUGUCUGGGCUUAGGCUGGUCUUCGCAAGUAAAAAGCCUCUUGCCAACCCAUGUAUUUCUCCCAUCUCACAUAUAUUUGUGUGUGGUCUUGCUUUAAAGGACACAGUCAAAUCUGUACGGUGUCCUUGUCUCAGAUGUUAGCACAUGGAUAAAGGUCUUGAAUUUUACACUUACAUUAUUGUGACAGCAGCAGAAUGCUUGUAUGCAUUGUAGUAUUUUGCACCUGUAUUUAUUUUGAGAAAUGGUUGAUGGUUUUUUUGUUGUUGUUGUUUUUUAGCAGGGGACCAGAGUGAUAGCUUUCUUGUCGAAAGAAGCAAUGAAUGUACCCUCCCUGAUUUCACAAUACAAAACCUGGCAAUUAUAACAAGCUUAGACGUCUGGCAGUAUCCGAAAGGUCAGAGUGACUCAUGAUGAUUCAGUGUCAUGGGAAUUGGCUUUUGUGUCACAACCUGAGUCCAUCUUGACUUCAGACUUCACAUGUUUUGUUUGCUUUUACAUGUACAUGUUUUGACCAACCUGGGUGAAAUACAUAAUUAUUUUGGAUUUAAAUCCUUUUCAAUGCCCUACUGAGCGUGUCUGGUAUAUUGGAACCAGUUAAAUACAAACCCCGCCUCUUGGUUGGCUCAACUACAUCAGGCAAGAUCACUCAACCACAGAAAAGUAUUUGAAUCCAAAACGGUUAUGUAUUUGACCCAGGUAUGGCUCAAGACUGGGGCUGGUUAUGACUGAAUCAUGACCAGGAGAAACAUUCCUUGCAGCGGCUGUACCCUGAAUUGAAAUUGGAAUAUACUGAAAAUAUGUUGAAGUAUGAACUAUCAAGUAAAUAUACUAUCAAGCUCUUGCAACACUUGACAAUAUAUUAAUACACUUAUUUGGAAGCGAUUGCCGCUUUCAAAGACUGCAAUAUAUUACAAUGCUAUGAAAUGCAUUUACCAUCCUAAGUCCACAUGCUUAUAAUAGAUUGGAGUAUAUUCUGUUUUCAUAAGGGUGUUAUUUAUGGAGGUGAAAGGCUGCUAAGUGUGGUGGGUGUCCGUGAAUGGAGGGGCAGUCCAUUGGCGAUGCAGCGUCAAUGCUAGCCGCAUCGCUAACGGGCAGAGUGGCUUGCACACACCGUCGUACUAUUGGGAACGGCCUCUACCGUCGAAAAAACGCGGGCGAAGCUCGACCUGAACCACGUCUGCGUCCGCCCAGCGCACAGCUGAACCAGCCAAAGCAGAAGAUGCCCCGCAUGCUCGCACAUUCUCUGUGGUGCUAGAGGUGGAACGGCGGCCAUCUUGAGACCCACGGCCUAGAACCCACCCCACUGCAGCCGGCGCCCAAAAUGGCCGCCCGAAAACAUUCCCAGGGUUUCUUCCUGGAAGCUUUGUUUUUGACUUUUCAAACUCCAGUGAGAUGCACAUAUUGGUUAUCCCUGCUGAUGAAGCUAUUUUUUGAUUCAGCCGGUAGCUGGUCAUAGCUGGAUCUUACACCAGGGAUGUAUAGAUUGUUUUGGGUCUUUUUUUUCCGUUUUUUUUUGUGAGGGUGGGGUGGGGGGGGGGGUCUUCUAGGUUUGGCAGACAAAGCUUGGCAUAUUUCUGUGGCAGGUUUCAGCAUUAGUGUCUGCAGCACAGAACUGGUGUGAAGGGUGUGUAAAUAUUUUUGUUUACACAAAAUGGCCACUGGCGGUCGUAGCCUGCACACUGCACGGAUACCAAAGAAAGCCCUGGGGUUCUCAGACACUGCAAGGGCCUGGCACCUCCAGGCUUUGCGCUGCUCUUUUUUCAUCUGCAGCUAAUUUAUCGGAAUCAACUUGUCUGGAGCCAACGCCUGGAAAUAAGGCACGAAAGCUGGCAAGGAUUUCUGGCAACCAUUAAAAAAAUUGUACUAGGUUGCUCCCGCGCGGCAUGAAAUCGACCUUUAUAUGACCUGUCGUUGUCGUCUCUUUUUUUAUUUUGUCACACGACCAGCCUUUAGCUAUAGCAAUACUUGAAACUCGAAGCUGUGAAACACGCUGCCACGCAGUCUGACGUCAGCGUUAGCACGCCCUGCUUUACCUGGUCUGAAGCUGAGCGUCGACGAGGUGUGUCCAGGGCUGUCCAGUGCCAACCAUGGAGUGAGUCGUGUUGUUUUCAUCCCUUAAUUUCUGAACAUUUUACUUUUUUUUUUUUUUUUUUUUAAAUAUCGCUGUCUGAGAGAGUGCAUGUAUGACCAUAGAGCCCUUUUUCAUGAGCUUGAUUUCUUUCAGAAACCGGUUUGUGCUUCAGGGCUAAUGCUACGUCCUGGUCCAGGGUUAAUGCUAAUGCUACACCCUGCCCCUGGGCUAAUGCUAAUGCUACACCCUGCCCCUGGGCUAAUGCUAAUGCUACACCCUGCCCCUGGGCUAAUGCUAAUGCUACAUUCUCCUCCAGGGCUAAUGCUACACCCUGUUCCUGGGCUAUUGCUAAUGCUACACCCUACUCCAGGGCUAUUGCUAAUGCUACACCCUGGUCCUGGGCUAAUGAAAUGCUAGACCCUGCCCCUGGGCUAAUGCUACACCGUGCUCCAGGGCUAAUGCUACACUCUGCCUCUGGGCUAAUGCUAAUGCUAGACCCUGCUCCAGGGCUAAUGCUAUUGGUUCUCUUCCAUUUUUGCCUCUAAACUGGCACCUAGACCGGCUCACUGGCAGACUGAAACCCUGGAAAUGUUUGGCAGGGAUGUGUAGCACUGGACAGACGUUUGUAUUUAAUGUUGGCCCAUCCAACCAGGCACAUACUCUUGGCCUCUUUCAAACCCCCCCCCCCAACCAUUAAUUUCAGUGUUUGUACUCUGGCAUCAGGUCCAUCAAGAUUUGGUCAAUUCUGUAAACGUUUUAAAAAAUUUAAAUUCAGGUUUCAAGUUUUGCAUGGAUUUCCUUCAUGUAGUGGGUUUUAAUUUCAGUUGGUUUCUACGAACUGACCGAAUCAAGGUGUAACUGAGGUGAACAGACACACGCACGUUUGCGUAUUGCGUUCAACGAUUACAUGCAGAAUGACGUCUGACGGUGUUUCCGAGAACAAUCAAAGGGGGCGUCAUCGAAAGCCUGUAAAAUGAUACACCGUUUGCUUGAACGGAAAUGGCGGUAAGGGGAUUGUGAAGAGGCGCUUGCAACCUUGCCUUCUCUUGCCUUGUGUGAGCUGCAUGAUUUUCAAAAAGCACCAGAACUUUCCGUGCAAUCCACUGUCUGCCUUAAUGUUUCAUAAAUGAUAAAAGCAAAAAAAACAAAAUGUCCGCUUAAUGGUGUCCCAUUGUCCGCCUUCUGACAUCUUCUGCAAACUGACAACAUCUUGUACCAUUUCUUCAAGAAGAACAUUCAGAUUUCUUUUCUUUUUUUUUCUUCUCAAAAUACAUUAUAGUUUCACCAAUAUUGUUGUGUAUAUUUAUUUGAAAGGAGGAAUAAAAUAUUUCUGUUUAUCAUUCGCAAA